AUGUCCUCGAAUAACUCUCUAGUCAGUCGGUCAAAACGUCGAAACGCGCCGCUCUCGUGCGCAGAAUGCAGACGGCUUAAACUUCGGUGUUCGAGAGUCUUCCCCUGUGCCAGCUGCGUCAAGAAGGGUUGCGCUGCUAUUUGUCCGGAUGGCCACCUCACGACGGGCAAGGGAAAUCGAUUUGUUUUGGCAAACACGGAAGCCUUGCACGACAAGAUAACUCAGCUCUCGUCCCGCGUCCGGCAACUAGAAGAUGCCCUGGAGCAAGCCCACGGCAAGACGUCCUUGGAACUGCAUCCCAUGCUUACGGAAGAACUCAGACAAAUCAAGAGGCCAUUAGAGCGGGAAAGCCAGGAGGAGCUGCCUCAAUCAGCGGACACCGAAGCGGCGGAAGUGAUCGACGCCGUAGGAUCCCUUUCCAUCACAGACUCGGGGCUCACCAAGUUUUACGGCACCACCGCCAAUGCCUGGUAUCUCCUGCAGAAUGAAGAAGGUGACGAAGACGCCAUUGAAAACCCUCAGUCGAUCCUUCCCACUAGUCUUCCCUGGCUUAGCUACGCCUUCCCCCUCGCGAGCCUUUAUUUCAAGCAUGCCGCUUGGAUGUACACGCCUAUCCCCGAAUCCGAGUUUUACGGCACUGUGCUUUCGCGCUUCUACGAGAUCGCGGACUGGUCUGACCAAGAUUCGGAUUAUUCGCACAAGAUGGCGAUCCUCUUUAUGGUUUUUGCCAUGGGAAGCCUCCUCGAUCUGGACACUGCACCGCAGUCGGUCGAAGCGGCACGAUAUUAUCAGCUAGGCCGUGCGGCAUUGUCCCUCGAUUCGAUUUUGGAGCACCAGACGAUCCCGGCUAUCCAAGCCCUGAUCCUGAUGUGCCACUUUAUGUUCCUCUCCAAUAUCGACGGUCCCCGCUGGGUUGUGAUGGGUCUGGCGACGAAAUUGGCACUAACUCUUGGGCUGCACCGUGACGGAAACAAGUGGAAUUUGGAUCCCGACGAGGCCUUCAGGCGGAGAUCGUUGUUUUAUGAGUUGCUCACCUACGAUUCGUGGCAGAGCAUCACGUUUGGUCGACCGCCUUCACUGUCGAUGGCGUUUAUCGAUUGCCAGCUGCCGCAGGGCGUCAUGUCCAAGUCAGAUGGCGGCGAGCCCGAGAUGAGCUUCGCGGCAUGGAAGCACCGGUUCGCCGCACAAUGCCAGAGCGUCGUGAACGAACAGGUGUUCGGCGCACGCCUCCCCAGCCAUCGCCAGCUUAUGGAGCUCGAUACGAAAAUCAGGGAGUUCUACCUGCCGCCCUCCCUCCGCGUCCGCGGCUUCGGCGGCCUGAAGUACGAGCCCCCAACUGUGCCGACCUACGAGCAAGACCUACAGAGCUACUGUGCAUUCUCCAUUAGGGAAAUCACGAUCUUUUACAUGCAUCGGGGGUUCUUCGCGACCGCCUUGCAGGAGACACCGGACGACCCGCUGGGCCACAAGUACGCGCCCUCCGUCCUGGCCGCGUACAACAGCGCAUGCUCGUACGUCGGGCUCAUUAAAAGCAUGUACUCGCAAUACCCAAAACUGGUCGAGCGCAUGUGGUUCUACUUAACGCAUGUUUUCUCUUGUGGGAUCGUCCUCGGCGCUAUACCGUCUAAAAGCCCGGGUAUGAAAUUGGCACGGAGCGCGCAGGCCCAGCUUGAUACUGCCCUCGGGCUGUUCGACGCUGUGCAGCAUGACCCACGCGCGGCGAAGGUCCUGCCCGUUCUGGCGAAGCUGAAAGCGCGGGCGGAGACGUCGAUGGUCGACUUCCAUACCCGAUCAUCGGCGCCCCGGAGUGGCCCUAGCGGCCUCAGUCCGAAGGACGACGAUGAGCUCGGCGCUCUGCAAGGCAGGACGCGCCUCGUCUCGCGGAAGUCGCCCGCGGCCUCUACGCCGAGCGACAGCGGGUCGCAGAGCGGGUCGAGCCCACGGGACCAGCCCGACCAAUCCCCGACGGUCGCAUAUGCACCUCCCGUGCCCGACUUCGAUUCGUCCAUGUCUACGAACAUGCCAGACACCAGAGCACCACGACGGCUAUGGCCCACCCAGAACUAUGGCUAUCCCUCGUACCAGUCCUACAAUGACAUGUCCCACUACUGGCAGCCGAUGCACGACCCCAACAUGAUGCAGACCGACACGGGCGCCACCGCGCACCACUCUAUGGGCCAGCCGUCCAUGAACGCGGGUGUAUCGCCGGUUGAUUCUCACCAGCAGCACACUUACCCGCAGUACGACCCCGUAGCGGACGCUUACUCCCCGGGCUACGCGCAUGUCAAUGGGGGAGCGCCGAUGCAGCCCGACGCGUGGCAUAACUUGGUCGCGCAGUUUAAUAACCCGUAG